GCUCCAGUUCUCGUUCGACAGUCGUUCGGGUGAGUGAGUGUUUCGGGAGUUCCGGGAGUGCUUUUUUCGUUCAGAUUAGUGAAAGUGUUUCCCCCCAUUUUUUUCAAAAUGGGCAGAGGUUAUUGUGUGAUCCUGUUGUUCGUUUGUCUCAAAGGAUUAUGCUCCGCCGGAGAUACAUCCUCCGAAAACGGUAGCGCAGUCUUAUCUCAAACGUGGCCGGAGAAGUUGAAACACGAUUUGCUAGAAAAUUAUGAUCGCACCAUCCGACCGGCACAGCACUACAAUGUGACCAAUGUUGAUGUGAAGUUCACCAUCGUUCACGUUGACAUCGAUGAGGAACAUUCGUUUUUCUCCGUGAGUGGAUGGAUAAAGAUGGCCUGGGUCGACUACAAACUCAAAUGGAAUCCGGCUAACUACGGGGGGUUGGAUGUAAUCAGAACGAAUCCAGGCAGUGUCUGGAAGCCCGAUUUAGUCCUCUACAACAAUGCCAAAGGUUCUGACAACAAACACUACGGUGAAACCAAUGUACUGAUUUACAACAAUGGUAAAGUUCUGUGGGUGCCGCCCACUGACUAUCACGGUUUCUGUGAGCUGAAUCUACGCAUGUGGCCCUUCGAUCAUCAGACAUGCUUCAUAAAAAUUGGCUCUUGGACUUACGAUGGCUUCAAGCUAAACAUUACUGCCGAAGGAGAUCCAGAGACCAACAUCUUGAUAGCAAACAAUCAAUGGUCAAUUCGGAAGCUCACAACGGAUCGCCAUGUUGUAUACUAUUCCUGCUGCACGGAACCAUACGUCGAUAUCCAAUACAACGUAACUCUGCAGCGCCAUUCGGCCACAUACAAAGCGAUCGUCAUCAGUCCGGCUUUCGUGAUCAUUCUGCUUGCGCUGUCAGUGUUCUGGAUUCCACCGCAAUGCGGAGAAAAGAUUGUCCUCAACGGAGUUAUCCUCUUGGUCGUCAUAAUCUUCCUCAUCUAUUUCGCCCAACAGCUGCCAGCCAUGUCAGGAAACACACCGCUAAUCGUUAUAUUUUUCAGCACUACCCUCUUCCUCGUGGCGAUCAGCACCAUCAUCUCGAUUAUCGUUCUCAGAUUGACACGCAUCAAACACUCACGACCCGUACCCAGGGCACUCAAGAGCCAACUGGAUGGAUGUGUUGGAUCGAUGCUUUUUGUCAGCAACGGUGGAAAUUUCCCGUCGGAGGAAGACAAGGAGGCAGCCGGGUGUACCGUUGGUAUCGAUUCCAAACAGUACGAUUGGUGCCGGGUGGCAGUCCUAAUCGAUCGACUGGCUUUCUCCGUGUUCGUAAUCGUAUUCGUUAUUUCGAUCAUUUAUUAUAGUAUCUAAGCUCUGUGUUCAGUAAAUUGCUAAUGUAUAUUGUAAGGUUAAAAAGUUAACCAGAAAAUUAUAACAAUAACGCCAUUAAGUCACAUUACGCUAUAAUAAAAUUGCUUGCUUGCUUAUCUUUUUCGAA